AACAGAGAAGACAGUCGUCAGGGAAAACAUCGGCCGGGAUAAAGCGAGAAGAUGAGCGACUGGGAAUCCACUGCUGAGUUCGACGAUGGCGUCCACAAGGAUGUUAAGUAUCCUUUCCUGUUGCAUUAUUCCAAGACCAUGGAAACUAAUUCGUCCGCUCCGUUCAAUUGUUGUCGCGCCUACUCCCCUGCCUACAACAAAACGUAUCAUCUGCGCGCACCGGAUGAAGUUUCCAAUGCAUGUAUUUCGUGCUCCGGUUAUGGAUGGCUGCUUUUCUCCGGUGUAUGCCGCAUUUUCUUUUACCAUCCCUCCACGGGUGACAUCAUUCACUUGCCCUAUUAUCACCGAAAUGUAUGGGGUAGCUUUAAUCGGAUGAGUUUUUCGGCUCCACCUACAUCCCCUGACUGCGUGGUUAUUGGUCAAGUGGAUAUCGGGUCUGAGAAACGAACGAGGAUCGUCUUUAUCCAGCGAGGACAAAGUUAUUGGAAUCACGAUGAAAACGUCCCGAACAUGAUGAGAUUGAAGAACUACUCCCUUAAGAAAUUAAGAGCCUACCAUGCCAAUAGCAUCAAAAUUACAUCCGAGUUCUGCAGAAUGAAUCUGGCCAAGUUUCGAUGCAGGGGAAAUUUCUUCUGGCCUCGUUACAACUCUUCCCCACUUUUCCACAAAGGAGCAUUCUAUUGCUUGGCCGACGAUGGAAAGUUGGGGGUUUUCAAUCACAAGGCGAAAAAUAAAGGCAAGGUGUGGAGGGUAUUCGAUACAUCAGCGGUUGACUUGUUUCUAGACAACCCAGAAAAUGAAGCUUAUCUAGUGGACUGCAAUGGAGAGUUGGUCGCUGUCGUGGUCGGUCCAGUGGGAAAGUUCGUGAGAAUCCUCAAAUUUUACGAGCCUGCUCGAGUAUGGCAGAUUGUCCACGAUCUCGGUGAUCAUAUGAUUCUGCUGAGCCCCGUCGGAUGCGUGGCCAAGAAAUGCGACGAGGCAUGCCUCCAAGGACUGGAAAACACUCUUCACUUUUCGAGGUUUCACGAACGAAGUCAUGUCUUCUAUUCACUCUCGACGCGACAGUUUCACUCCUUGCAUGAUGAUGAUUAUACGUCGGUCGACUUAUACGACACGAUGCUCCCGUUGGUUCACGCCUGGAUGACUCCUCCGCAUUCCCCUUUCCCUCGCGGAGCAAAGAUGGAUUGGUCGCGGAAACUCAAGCAACGACGACCAAUAGACCGAAACGUAGGUCCAAAAUCCCGUAUGAUCAUAAGAGACUUGAGUUUCGUACAGCCGCCGAGUGAGAGCUAUUCGAUUUUGCCGCAUUUAGAGGCACCAACCGGCCGACCAUGUCUUGGUUUGGGUAGCCGAGACAAUAAUGGAGAGGUGGUGCUGAUCAAUUUGGCCAAAGGGAUGAUGGUCGACCGUUCAAGAAGCAUGGCACAACUAGCACUGAGAUUACGUUCGAAGAUUGUGUUUUCCAGCCAGCUUGACCAUGGCUUGCUGGUGUUGGUGGACACCGAGGCUCGGUUUUGCUCCUUGUUGUAUCCCUCAUCCAUGACUGAAAUCCCACUACCGACAUGGGAAACCUCUUUCACCUGCGAAUCUGCUGUGGUUCAUGUGCCUCCUGGCAACUCGGAAUUGGCCGUGAUGGUUUUUGGUAGGAUUGAUGACGAAGAUGGACAAGUGCAGGGUAAGGGUAAUGAUGUUGCAAUGGUUUGGAGGGACGGUGAUGAAAAAUGGACUGUGCAUACAAGGCCAAGCGAGCUAGGAGUGGAUGCAUUGCGGUGUGAAGUCCAACUCGUUGUCCACCAGGGUCAGAUUUAUGGCUACCAGGGUUAUGAUGAUGAUCUCGCCGUGGUCGAAUUAAGAAAGGGGGGAAUUGUAGUGGAGAACACACAGGUUAAGGGUCCGCGAUUUCUCAGUCCUGGAUUUGUUGGCUACAGUCAGCGAUUGGUGGAAUCAUGCGGUGAACUGCUGCAUAUUGUUCGUUAUCAUGCUGGUGAAUGCCUCUCUGUAGAGGAUAGAACUACUGUUAUCGACAUGAAAGUGUUCAAGAUGGAUUUUGAGGCGAUGGAAUGGAGGAUGCUGGAGCACUUGGGAGACCGUGCAUUUCUCUGGAGCGAAAGGGGGUGUUACUCGUGCUGCGCGAGCAAGUCCGGGCUACAAAGUAACUCUGUUUACUUCAUAGCAAACAACGACAGAGGGUUGUGCGUUUAUGAUUACGGAAAUCGUACCGUUUCGGUGACCUUACCUGGCCCCGAGAUGGAUGAUGGUUGGAUGGCAACUGGGUUUAUCAUGUUGUAUGACUAGCUAGAAGAAUCAAGGUCAAUUCAUAAC